CCUGGUCCCUUCGACGCUGGUCCACUCAGACUUGAGGCAGGUUGAUUAUUGGGAGCCACGGGCUGGGAUAGACAAUGAAGAGGCGGUGAAGUGCGAUUCAUGAAAGUGUAAUUCGCGUAUCCUGUCGAGAGAUAUACACAUUUUGCGACUUCUCGUGCAAAAAAUGACGACGACCAGGAACUACCAAGGGAUGGAGCCCGGGUCUAAAAGCAGUUCAAGGGUUUUGCGCCCUCCUGGCGGCGCCUCCAACUUCACGCUUGGUGCAGACGAGGUCAAGCCUCCCGUCCGGAAAGACAAGAUGGCCUCCAGUGUCUUCGCUGAGCCGGAGGACCUGUAUGCUAAUAGAAGGAGCAAUCCACCAGGUGGGAAGCCCACAGGUGUGCUUUGCGGCGAGCCGUCAGCCCCCCUGAGGAGAGGAGGGAACCAUGCCGCCGACCAGUCCGCAGACGCCCCCGCCGCGGUUGGAGAAAGUUCUGUAGACGAUCAUGAAAACAGUGCUCCUGAGCCGGUAGCCGUUCCAGAGCAGAAGGAGGAGGCCCCUCCAGCCGACCAGCUGACUGCAGGAGUACCGUCUGGUCACAGGAAUCCCCCAGGGGGCAAGUCCAGCCUCGUCCUGGGAUGAAUCCCAGCCAACUACCCAACCCUACCUUAACCCCCCCCCCUUUCCACCACCCCUUCAUCCGCUCAUCUCUGAACUCGUCUUUUGUUAUUUCUUUUUUUAACAAAGGACCCUCCAGCCCAUUCGUCUGAACCGCAGGAAUCUAAUCUGGCGUGCAACAGACGCCAGUCUCCUCCAUUUCCCUUAAAUGCAUUGUUUUGAUACCUCCUUUCUGAAAACCGUUUUGUACCGUUUUUAUCCUUUUGUUCUUUUGUUUUUGUUUCGUUUUGACGGAAGCACUUUAUGUAUUUCUGUGUGUACGGUUCAAAGUCUGCCUUUGCCCCGUGUAAUGCAAGGUACAAGGAUCACAUUUCUCAUAUCAAAAAGCGAUAAAUUAAACUCCCCUAACUUUAUCGCGAUGGCAAAAGCUGCGUGUGAUUGUACGAGCAGUUUAAAGAAGAAAAAAAAGAAGGAACAAAACAAAGCUGUCACUUUUGCACCGUGUUCAGUUUGGACCCAUCUUGCAUGCACGUCUGAUCUGUAAACGUAUGAAUGUGAGAGGAAAUAUAACUGAAGACAUUUUUUUCUUUUCUAUUAUUGUUAUUAUUUAACCUGUUUGUUUGUUUUUAAUUUAUUUUUUAUUGUGGGAUAAUUGUUCUAUUGUUGCAUGAAGCUGGAAUCUUUCUACUGAUUAUAUUAUAAUCUACUUAGGAGUCGCAUACAUGAGUGUCAUUGUGAUCUGAAGGGUGCAAAUAUGUGUAUUCAGAUGAAUUAUGUGUGUCCCUUGUCAGGUAACAGGAUUGGAAUAAGCCUUUUUUUUUAUAUUGCAGUCACCAACUUUAGAUUACUGUAAAUCCCAGUGCCAGUUUUGAGUGCCCCGUGUUUUUAACAGGUCAAAUUUACUCUUAAGAUAAAGUGUGCCUGUUACCGUGUUAGGCUACAACAUCAGAUAAGGUUGGGUUUCCUCAAUUGCAUCUUGCCAGUAUGAAGGAGACCUGGUUCCUGGUUGUUGGUCCUAAAGUGUUUCUGGUAAACCCAUCCUAGAUUUGACAAGUGACCUUAUGACAGCUGGGCCUUUUUAUAUGUUUUUACCCCCCUCCCUCCCCCUUAUACAUGUGUUUAAUCGUCCUGCUCUCCAGAAAGAUGUAACAGCCUAUUUGUACAUGUCAUCGUCUCAUUAUUUAAAAACCAAAAGUCUAUCGUCCUCCCCUGCUUCUGUCUUGUUGAGUCGCGCGUGGCGACUGCUGUGUCCGAAGAACUACGUUUCCGGUUGACACGAAAUGUAGUUCCCGUGGUGUCUCGUUUUUAACGUGUUAUGAUGCAUGACGCGUCCGUUUUCUUUCUUUUUUCUUUUUUUGCAUCCUAUGCCAAUUUCUCGUCGCUGGAUGUGAGUCGCUGCAGAAAUUUGAAAUCAAGAAAAUGGCACAAGUGGAAAUGAAUAUUAAAAAUCAAUUUUGACCAUG